AUGGACGAAAUCCAUGAAGAUGAAGGACAAACAGAACUGUUCUACAGUGGGAGCGAAAAUCAAAGCAAAAAGGUUAAGGAGCCCGCAGGGCACCUCGCCGGGUUUGGGGAGCCCGAAUCGGCGUCUGCGGCCCCCGAGCCGCCCCAGCGCGGGAGUUUCGAGGACAGCCCGGGGACAGCUGGGUGUCACGUGGGGAGGCCGCGCGGGGACAGGCGCCUGGGGUUCGAGUGCCCCCGGGAAGCGGCCGCCAAGGAGCCGCAUCCCCGGAGCCCAGGCCUGGGCGUUCGUCUAAGGCCUUGCGGAGAGGGGAGCCGGCCCGCCCGCGGCCGCACAGGUGUCCGGGUGGCGGCGCCCGGGCCCCCACUGGCGGGGCGGGCGGGAGGGAUGGGCGCCGCCCGUGCGCGGGGGCCGGGGCCCGAGGGGGAGGUUCCCGCGAGGUGGUUCUUGGGCUCCUCCUCGGCGCUCAGGUCGGGGCCGCGCGGGCUGGGUCCGUCCGCCGGCGCGAGCGAGGACGCCCGGGGCCCCGCGCCCAGCGCGCUGCACCCCGAGGAGGUCGCCGCGCGGCUGCAGCGGAUGCACCGGGAGCUGAGCAACCGCAGGAAAAUCCUGGUGAAAAACCUGCCCCAGGACAGCAACUGCCAGGAAGUUCAUGAUUUAUUACAAGACUAUGAGUUAAAGUAUUGUUAUGUGGACAGAAAUAAGCGAACAGCUUUUGUUACCUUACUGAAUGGGGAGCAAGCCCAGAGUGCAAUUCAGAUGUUUCAUCAAUAUUCUUUUCGAGGAAAGGACUUAAUUGUUCAGCUCCAGCCAACAGAUGCUUUGCUGUGUAUUACCAACUUGCCCACUUCUUUUACAUUAGAAGAGUUUGAAGAACUUGUUCGCGCUUAUGGAAAUAUCGAGAGAUGUUUUCUAGUCUACAGUGAAGUUACUGGCCAUUCCAAAGGCUAUGGAUUUGUGGAAUACAUGAAAAAGGACUUUGCUGCAAAGGCUAGAUUGGAGUUAUUGGGUAAACAAUUGGGAGCAUCAGCUCUGUUUGCACAAUGGAUGGAUGUUAAUCUAUUGGCCGCAGAGCUCAUUCAUUCUAAGUGCCUUUGUAUAGAUAAACUCCCUAGUGACUACAGGGAUUCAGAGGAGCUGUUGCAAUUUUUUUCCAAUAUACAUAAACCUGUGUUUUGCCAGCUUGCGCAGGAUGAAGGCAGUUAUAUUGGCGGCUUUGCCGUGGUCGAAUAUAACUCUGCGGAGCAUGCCGAGGAGGUUCAGCAAGCGGCCGAUGGUAUGACCAUCAAGGGGAGCAAAGUCCAGGUUUCCUUCUGUGCCCCGGGAGCGCCAGGGCGGAGUACCUUAGCAGCGCUGAUAGCAGCUCAACGCGUGAUGCACAGUAAUCGAAAAGGCUUACUUCCAGAGCCAAAUCCUGUACAAAUUAUGAAAAGUUUAAACAAUCCUGCCAUGUUACAAGUUCUUCUUCAGCCCCAGCUCUGUGGGCGAGCUGUUAAACCAGCAGUUCUCGGAACACCUCACAGCUUGCCCCAUCUGAUGAACCCAUCCAUCUCCCCCGCGUUUUUGCAUUUGAAUAAAACACAUCAGAAUCUUUCUCAUGUACCACUGGCACAGCAACAAUUAAUGAAGUUUGAAAAUAUUCAUACUAACAACAAACCAGGCUUACUUGGAGAUCCCCCAGGCAUGGUACUUCAAACCGCAGUAGGGAUAGGGUCAGCACUUCCUUUGAAAACAGAGUUGGGUCAUCAUGGAGAAGCACAUAAAACAUCUCAUCUGAUUCCAACUCAAACAACGGUAACAGCUGGAAUGGGCAUAUUACCAUUCUUUCCAAAUCAGCACAUUGCUGGACAGGCUGGGCCAGGGCACGGGAAUACUCAGGAGAAACAGCCAGCCUCGGUGGGGAAGACAGAAGGAAAUUUCUCAGGGUCACAGGCUUAUCUUCAGAGCUUUCCAAACCUGACUGCUGGAGGCUUGCUGACGGGACACCAUAAGCAACAGCAAAGUCAACCAAGAGGCACGGAGAUAAGUUCCGGGGCUGCCUCUAAGAAUCAGACUUCACUUUUGGGAGAACCACCAAAAGAAAUACGGCUCAGUAAAAAUCCAUACUUGAACUUGGCAAGUGUGUUGCCCAGUGUGUGCUUAUCAUCCCCUGCAAGUAAAACCACUCUACAGAAGACUGGAAUUGCAAGCAAUAUUCUGGAUGCAAUCUCUCAGGGAAAUGAAUCACAACACACAUUGGAAAAGUGCAUUUCUUAUUCUCAACCUUUUGGUGAUUAUGCACAGGUAUCUUCUUUAAGAAAUGAAAAGCGAGGCUCAUCAUAUCUCAUCUCUGCCCCAGAAGGUGGUUCUGUGGAAUUGGUUGACCAGCAUUCUCAGGGGACAGGAGCAUAUUACAUGGAAACCUACUUAAAAAAGAAGCGUGUAUAUUGAGUUAAGUUCUCUCCUUAUAACCUCAUAAGGUUUUUUGCAGUAUCUCUGCUGUUCAUCGCUGCCUUAACUACAUUCAGACUAGCCAUAUCCUUUAAAUACGGGUUUCUAAUUUCCCAGAAGGAACUGUAUUGUGCAGCAAGCAGAAUUGCCAAAUAAAAAAUAAGUAGCAAUAAGACAAUGGAGGACAUUUUCCAUUAGAAUUAGAUGCAUCUUAAUUGGUAUUAACUUAUUAGUCCAUUGGAGAAACUAACAAUGUUCCAAUAUUCCUUGUUUAGGACAGGGAAUAAUUUUGACACCAUAUAUACAAGUAUGAAGCAAUAAAUGGGAAACGGUCUUGUUUCCUGAGCCUUAGAAGAAUGAGUUUCUUAUAUGCCAAUGUACAUUUCAAUCUACUUUCCCUAGAAGUUAUCUCAUUUAUAGAUUUUUAGAACUUUUCCUAGAAGAGUGCAACUACAAAAUGCAGUGGUGGUCAUGUUAUAAAGAUGUUCUACAUGCAAACUAAUGACCCCCACAUCUGCCCUGCACUAUAAAACCCAGAGCGAUAGUAAUGUCCAAGUUCUACACAACUACAGAUGCUUUACUUUAUCUACCAUUUAUACCUUUUGUGAAAAACAAGCAAGCUAUUUUUGAAAAAAAAAAUAGCUUUGGUGAAAUAAUUUCAGGGGUUGGCAGACUAUACCCUGGGGUCAAGUUCAGUCCUCCACCUCUUUUUAUGUUGUCUGCAAGCUAAGAAUGAGGUUUACAUUUUUGAAUGAAGUAGAACAGAUCUGAAUUAAGUUCUAUAAAAUUCAAAUUUUGGUGUCCAUAUAUAAAAUUUUAUUGGAACAUAAACACGCUCAUUCAUUUACAUACUGUCUAGGGCUGCUUCUGUGCUAUGGUGGCAGUGCAGAGUAGCUGUGACAGACACCAUAUGGUCUGCAAAAUAUGUAUUGUCUGGGCCUUUAUGGGGGAAAGUGUGCUGACCCUGGUCUAAUGGCACUAAUUCCCUAAUCCUUUAACUUCUGCAACAGACUUGUAAGUGGCAAGCAAUGUAGGUUUCUGUGUCUGAUUUCAUGGCAUAAACUAGUGAUGAUCUAAUUGCUAGAACAAGGCCUAUUUUGAUCCUCAAAUGCCCUUAUUUCCACAGUAUAAAGAGUCUGCUCUUUCUGAAGGAGCACUGUGGAGGAAGUUUUGAGCUAGUAAGUUAUACCUCACUUUCUGCUUUCUCUUAUUCAUGUUAGGCUGAAAAAUUAUCAGCUAUUUAACUCAAUUUACUUCAGCAAGAAUUGUUUACUGCAUGUAACUUCUGACAUCACCAUUUCCUGAAGACUUUGGUAUAAACAUAUGAGAAACCCUUUGCCAUCUAGAAAUUUCCAGGUUGGUUCCUCAUUAUGAGUCUCAAUGAUCCUAGUCUUUUUGAAAUCAGAUUAAAUAUCUUGUAAUUUGGGAGACCUAUUUUUGACUAUGAUAUAAGGUACCCUAUUCUACGAUUUGUACAGAAAUUGGUCUGUUUCUAGCUGGCAUUUUCAAAUAGAAUAAUAUAUGAAAGUUAAUUACUAAGGAUUGGCAUCACUCCGUUAUGACUCAGCAGAUGAAUAAUGGUUUCUCCAUGUUCUGUGCUUCUCCUUCCCAUUUCCUAUUGCAUUAAGCAUCUUCAAUGUUUAGUCACACCUCUCUAACACAGAGCUGCAAAGUGAAAGGAAGAGGUUGAAAGAACUAAGCUGUUUUGGAUGAUAUACAGAGGGAGAGCCCCAUGUACUAACAUUGGAUAGAACAGAUAAGUACAAAUCAAGUCAUGUCUGUAAUAAGGACCAUUACCAAACUCCCCACCCCCUGCAAAGUCUACACUGUUAUUUUUCUAUGUAAACAAAUUGUUUGAAUGCUUUGAAAAUGAAAUCUUAAUAUUAAAAGGCAUA